CAAUCAAUUCAUCAUGUCUGUAAAGAAGGCAACGCCGCCGACUCCCUUCCAGCUCCUUGAGAUCAAUGUAAUAUCGGCACAAGAUCUCGCCCCUGGGACCCGUAACAUGCGUACCUACGCCGUCGCAUGGGUUCACCCAGGUCGCAAGCUCUCCACCCGUGUUGAUAGCCAUGGCCACGCAAACCCAACCUGGAACGACAAGUUUGUCUUCCGCGUCGACGAACAGUUUCUCAAUUCCGAUACCUCCGCCGUCAUGAUUGAGAUCUAUGCCCUUCGCUGCUUCCGCGACGUACGCGUUGGCACCGUUCGAGUCCUCGUCGGUAACCUGGUCCCACCUUCUGUUCGAUCUGGUGGGACCACCCACCAUAUCGGAAUGCGAUUCGUGGCCCUUCAGGUCCGACGCCCAUCGGGCCGUCCACAAGGAAUCCUCAAUAUCGGAGUUGCCGUACUUGAUAGCUCCAUGCGUAGUAUGCCACUCUACACCCAUGUCUCCGCCUCCGCCGUCGGAUACCGAGAUCUCAUGGGUGAAGAAGCCCAUACCCCUCACCACAGCAACCAUCCACCACCCAAGAUCCAGCUCCGCCGCACUAGGAGCGAACGCUCCGAGGCCUGCAACGACACCGUGUCGCAGAAAACUGGCUCCAUCGUUAACGGUUCGGAUAUAGGAAUCGGCCGACGUAGUAGCGUUGGAGGAGGAAUACCACCGCUAAAAUUUAUCACGGCGGCCACCCCCAAUGGUUCCACGUACGCAGAUUCGGAGAUCGGACCAGCGCCGUCAGUAGUGGCGGCGGGACUGGCGGUGGAGGACUUCUUUCAGGCGAACGAGAUAGGGAGUUCAAUACUGGAGGGUUGGAGCGUGGAAGAAGGAAGCAUUGAGGGGCUUAGAUCGAAACUGGAUAGGUGGCGAACGGAACUUCCACCAAUUUACGAUCGUGGGUACGGGACUUACCGGACACCUCGCCGGCAUACUCGCAGACACACCGACGGCGAAAUUGGGGGAGGAUUGUUCUCGUGCUUUGGUAGCUCAUAUGGGUGUGAAUGUACCUUCUUCUGUGGGCCCGGAUCAAGGAAGAAGAAGCUUGGAAAUCGGGAGAAGUAUCCACAAAGCCCUUCUGAAUCUCUGGUGCUAUCUAAACCCAGUCGUCUCUUAUAA